UUAAUUCAGUAAUCACACUCAACCAAAAAACCCCCCACAAUCCGGUUCGCGAAGCCGGUUCGGAUCGCCUCUUGCCGGAGCCAUUCACCGACCCGGACCUCGCCACGCCGAUGACUUCGGGCACCAGAUUGCCGACUUGGAAGGAGCGGGAGAACAACAAGCGGCGGGAGCGACGCCGCCGCGCGAUCGCCGCGAAGAUCUUCUCUGGACUCAGGAUGUACGGCAACUACAAGCUCCCCAAGCACUGCGACAACAACGAGGUGCUCAAAGCUCUCUGCAACGAGGCCGGAUGGGUCGUGGAAGAGGACGGCACCACCUACAGACAGGGAUGCAAGCCUGUGGAACGCAUGGAUAUCAUGGGCUCAGCUGCAGUAAGUCCUUGCUCAUCAUAUCAACCUAGCCCAGGAGCCUCCUUCAACCCAAGCCCUGCAUCAUCUUCUUUCGCAAGCCCUUCCCAUUAUGGCGCUAAUGCCAAUAAUUCGGCCGAUCCCAAUUCCCUUAUUCCUUGGCUUAAGAACCUAUCUUCUGGCACUUUGCCAGCAUCUAAGCUACCCCAUAAUCUUUACAUCCCAGGAGGCUCUAUUAGUGCUCCAGUCACACCACCUCUAAGCUCACCAACUGCACGCACACCUAGAAUGAACGGCAACUGUGAUGACCCGGCGGCUGCUUCCGCAUGGUGUGGGCAAAACUACCCGUUUCUACCCUCUUCCACUCCCCAGAGCCCCGGUCUGCAAACUCUUCCUGAUUCUGGAUGGCUCUCUGGGGUUCAGACUCCCCAAGAUGGGCCUUCUUCUCCGACAUUCAGCCUUGUCUCUGCAAAUCCAUUCGGCUUCAAGGAACCAUAUUCAAACGGAGGUUCUCGUAUGUGGACCCCUGGCCAAAGCGGGACAUGUUCCCCGGCCAUUCGAGCUGGAGUCGAUCAUACAGCCGACAUUCCAAUGUCCGAUGCAAUUUCAACUGAGUUUGCAUUCGGUAGUAAUCACAUGGGGCUAGUGAAACCGUGGGAGGGCGAGAGAAUACACGACGAAUGUGUUCCCGAUGACCUCGAGCUUACUCUUGGCAAUUCUACCACCAGGUGAAGUGUGCACAUUAUGUUGUACUCUACUAAUUAGAGCUGAUCUUUCUGGUAUCCACUUGAAACCAAAAAACACAGCAGGAUCAGAAUUGUUUUUCCUUUAAAAAAAAAUUGAUUGUGGCCUUUGAGGAUACAAAAGGUUGGACUAUAAAUAGCUUUCUCAUGUCAUGUAGUUGGGUCUGCAAUUUUUGAGCAGAUGUUUCUCAUCCUCACACAAUAGCCUGCAUAUUCUUUUUAUUCUUUUUCCCUCAACACUGAUCGAUCGUCGUCCUGUCCUGCCCUAUCUGUUUGUUCUGUGAUUUUUUCCCCUUUUUCUUUUGUAAUUUGGUCUGUACUUUCAGAGUCAAAAGAUCACACUCGUUACAGAUA